AUGGAUUUCAACGCGUCCCAGGAGAUAUUUGUGCUACAUGGACUUAAUGUGACGCAAGAAAACAGACAUAUCUACUUCACAUUUACUCUCAUUCUAUACCUCUUCACCAUUUUUGUGAAUUUGACACUAAUAUUUACCAUUUGUCUGGAGAAAAUGUUGCACAACCCUAUGUACUUUUUCCUCUGUAAUCUAUGUAUUAAUGGCAUCUAUGGAGCUUCAGCUUUUUACCCAAAGAUACUUUAUGACCUUAUAUUUGACUCUCAUGUGAUAACGUACAUUGGGUGCAUGACACAGGUAUUUGUUAUCUAUUCCUAUGUUUUCUGUGAUUUCAUUAACUUAACAGUGAUGGCAUAUGACAGAUAUGUUGCCAUCUGUAAGCCAUUACUCUACCACACAAUCAUGACUAUUCAAAAAGUGAGGACACUGAUUCUUCUAACAUGGCUUUUCUCUUGGCUGGAAAUAACCAUAGCAGUGGUUCUAACAGCUAGGUUACCUCUCUGUGGCGUUGACAUAGAUAAACUCUACUGCUCAAACUGGGCAGUUGUUAAGCUCUCAUGCAGUGACACCGCACUGAACAACCUGUACGGUUUCAUUCUCAUAUUUUUUCACCUCUGUCAAAUGACACUCAUCCUGAUUUCUUAUGUGAACAUCAUCAAAGUGUCUUUGCGUUCUUGGGUGGAGAGAAGGAAGUCCCUGCAAACCUGUCUGCCUCAUCUGAUUGCCCUGAUUAACUUUACUGUAUCUAUCGUCUUUGAUUUGAUGUACGCUCGCUACGGCAGCGACACCAGCCUGCUGGCCCUGAGGAAUAUCAUGUCAGUGGAGUACCUGGUUGUACCUCCUCUAGUAAACCCUAUAAUAUAUGGGAUGAAACUCACACCGAUUCGGAACAGAGUUGGACAGAUGUUCAACCGUAAAGAUUGUGUCCUAAGCUAA